AUGUACCUUGGAGAACUGUCCCCUAAGAAUUUACGAGGUGCAAUAGGAGUCAUGCCUCAGCUGCUCAUCACCGUUGGGAUUCUUGUUGCUCAGAUUGUUGGCAUAAGAAGUAUUCUUGGAAAUGAAGAAGGCUGGCCACUGCUAUUAGGACUGACUGGUAUCCCUGCAGCCUUGGAAUUAAUUUGUUUACCCUUUUUCCCUGAAAGCCCACGUUUUCUAUUGAUUCAGAAAGGUGAUGAAGGAAAAGCAAAAGAAGCUUUAAAAAAGUUGAGAGGCUGGGAUGAUGUCGAUAAUGAAAUUAGAGAGAUAAAAGCAGAAGAUGAAGCAGAGAAAGCAGAAGGACAGAUAUCUAUUCUCAACCUUUGUCAAUUCAAAUUUCUAAGGUGGCAGAUUAUUUCAGUGAUAGCAAUGAACAUGGGUCAACAGCUUUCUGGAAUAAAUGCGAUCUACUAUUAUGCAGACAGUAUAUAUGCAUCUGCAGGAGUGGACAAAGAAACAAUUCAGUAUGUUACUGUUGGAACAGGUUCUGUGAAUGUUGUCAUCACAUUAGCUGCUGUUUUCAUAGUGGAGGCUGCUGGAAGGAAAAUGCUGCUCUUGGUUGGUUUUGCUACAUGCGUUGCCUCCUCUGUAUUGCUAACAGUCGCUCUCAACUUACAGGACAGCAUUGAUUGGAUGCCUUACAUAAGUAUUGCCUGUGUCAUAAUUUAUGUUAUUGGCCAUGCGACUGGACCAAGCCCCAUUCCAUAUGUGAUGACACUGGAAAUGUUCCUUCAGUCGUCCCGGCCUGCAGCUUUCAUGGUAGGAGGAUCGGUUCACUGGUUGUCCAAUUUCACAGUGGGACUUAUUUUUCCUUUUAUGGAGGAUGCUCUUGGUCCAUAUUGCUUCAUUAUAUUUAGUGUUAUCUGCCUUGCCACUUUUAUUUAUAUCUUAAUUAUUGUCCCAGAAACAAAGAAAAAGACAUUUUUGGAAGUCAGCCAACUUUUUGCCAAAAGGAAUGGAAUUGCUAUGGCAGAGGAUGAAAAAAAUACUGAUGUUAAGUUAGUACCAUACAAUGAUAACGCUGAAUUCUGAACUGGACAGAUGUUCGCUCAAAGUUAGACACACAAUCACCUUCUUACAGGA